UUACGAGCCUCUCUGCUUGUUCAGCUUUUGAUGCAAAUUCACAGGAGUGGGAGAGGCGCGCUGACGGAAGAGGCAUGUCUGUAUUUGAGCUAAAGUGAAAUGCUCCAGGGUGCUCAGUGACUGACAGGUGAGGGCUGGGAAGAAGGAUGACAAUGGCGCACGUAGGGGCAGUGGUUGCUGCGAUCACAGCUGUGAUGGCCAUAAUGCUUCACUCUUCCAUACACAAGAUUGAAGAAGGCCAUUUAGCAGUUUAUUACAGAGGUGGGGCUUUGCUGACUUCUCCUAAUGGCCCAGGCUACCACAUUAUGCUGCCUUUUAUCACAACCUACAGAUCAGUGCAGACGACACUGCAAACUGAUGAAAUAAAAAAUGUGCCUUGUGGAACGAGUGGUGGUGUCAUGAUCUAUUUUGACCGUAUUGAGGUGGUCAACAUGCUGGUGCCAUUAGCAGUGGUGGACAUUGUGAGGAAUUAUACUGCAGACUACGACAAGACACUAAUAUUCAACAAAAUCCACCACGAGCUGAAUCAGUUCUGCAGUGUUCACACACUACAGGAAGUCUACAUCGAGCUCUUCGAUAUAAUCGAUGAAAAUCUUAAGACCGCUCUGCAGAAGGAUCUGAAUUCAAUGGCCCCAGGUCUCACUAUCCAGGCAGUCCGUGUUACCAAGCCUAAAAUCCCGGAGUCGAUUAGAAGAAACUUUGAGCUAAUGGAAGCUGAAAAGACCAGACUACUAAUCACAGCUCAGACCCAGAAAGUUGUGGAGAAAGAAGCAGAAACUGAGAGAAAGAAGGCUAUCAUUGAGGCUCAAAAAGUGGCUCAAGUGGCCGAGAUCCAAUUCAAACAAAAAAUCAUGGAAAAAGAAACUGAGAAGAAGAUUUCUGAAAUAGAAGAUGCUGCGUUUAUGGCCAGAGAGAAAGCUAAAGCAGAUGCUGAGUUCUACACAGCAGCAAAAUUUGCUGAAGCCAAUAGGGUAAAGCUGACACCGGAGUAUCUUCAGCUCAUGAAAUAUCAGGCCAUCGCUGGGAACAGUAAGAUCUACUUUGGCCAGGACAUUCCCAACAUGUUUGUCGAUAACAGUGCCUCUCCCGUGACCAAAGGGGCUGACUCGUUGGAACAGCUGGAGUCUUUAACCCAAACCGAGAAACCCAGGAAAAUUAAACCAGACUCAGAGCGCCACUGAGAGGGCCUGUCCAAGGCUUCUCUUCUGUGGCUGUCUGUCUGUGUCUUUGGGGCUGGGAGUGCUUGCAUAGAUACAUUUCUGCUGAGGGCUCGAAACUAACUGUGUAGUUAGUCAUUUGACUUGAGGGCACUGAUCAACAAAGAGGCUGUGUUUUAUGAUCACAGGUCUGUGGUUUGGGGUAGGACUCAAAUGUCUUAACGAGAGACUGAGAUCUAUAGUGCGUUAAUAAAUCAGUGAUGCUGCUGUGAUCACAUGGCAUGAAUUUCCCACCUUUGCUUCCUUUUGGCCUUUUGUUUUAUUUGUGGAUUAAUAUAUGAAAGGUUUGCAUCUGGACAAAUUUUGUUUGCAUAACUGGAAAUAUAAAAAUUCAUGCUAAUUGAGACAGGGAAAUCUAUUAUGCAGCUGUAAGAUUUUAUUUGCAAAAAGUUAGCUUAAAAGAUUCAUAACACAGUCGUAACACAGGCCCAAAGUCUAUACAACCUUUAGUGUGACUGUGGGCCCAUAUUAAACACGGUUAAGACAGUGAUCAUCACUGAAAUAAUGUUGAGUUGAAAUGAUAUGUAUAGUUUAUGUUUGAUUUAGUUGGUUCUGUGAAUGAAAAGGUUUUGCAUUGUGUUCAUCUGUUCUGUAAAUUGGGAAUGCACAGAUUAAUGUAAACAGUAUAGUUCUUGACUUUUCUCCUGUGCAAGUUAAAUUGUGGGUGAUUGUUGAAUUGUGUGAGAAAUGUAACGACGCUUGCAUUCAAUUAAUUUUCAUAGCAUGGGCUUAAAAACCCGACAUGCCAUUUGCUGCCAUGAUUUAAACACAACUAGUUUAGUUUUACUUUGAUUUCACAGCAUGAGUGAUGUGCAAAAUGGUAACCUCCAGUAAUCCAGCAGGAACCUGCAACGGGAAUUUGACAAGGGCUUAUGUAUGUGGAAAGUAAAAAAUAAUACUUACGGAAACUACUGACCUAAUGAAAGGGCUAUUACAUUUUUAGUAAAGUUGUACCAGUUAAUAGACUUCCUAGAACUGUUAGUUUGGGGUAAAGAACACUUUAAACUCACUUUUGCUGUUAUGUUUCAGUUCACCACUAGGGGGGAGUAUGGGUUCUUUAGUAGAUAUAGACUAGAGGAAAAUACUAAUUGAGCCUCAAAGAACACAGUUUCAGCUUUGUUAGAUUUAGAUUGUCUUAGUUUCCCAUGUGAAUAGUUUGUGUGCAUUAAAUGAAAUGUUGUAAGCACUUACAGUGGUUAUGGCUAUAACCUGUUGAGUGUAUAGGUGCUAAUUCUCAGGAAAGAGACAUGCAGAAUGAGUUUACCAAAAGUAUCUUCUCAAGUCUUCUUCAUUUUCAGUAGGUUGUGGGUUUCAGGAUUUUCUGCCUGGUUGAUUAGUCAAACUUGGCUUGGCUUUUAGGACUUUUUCCCCUCUCUGUUCAUUUAAAAAGAAUAUUUCUUUGGUGAUUCAUCAGGCCUGUAAUGGCAUUCAGAUGUGUAAUGCUUUUUUUUUUUGUUAAUGGUAUCUUUUGUGUCUGACCUGUUUUCUUUGAGUUGUUGUAGGAUAAGUCGAAGAGCUGAGAUUUCAUCAAGUCACUGUCAUAAUUCCAUCAUAAGUGUUGGCCAUUCAUGUGGGCUUCCUUCUCUUCUCUGUUAACAUUAAACUUUUUUCCCUUGUGAUUUUAAAGUACAUAUUCUUAAAGGGUUCAGAAAAUAUAUAACAAUUUUAAGGGAAAUGCAUUAUUUGGUUAAAUGUAAUUAAAUGUUUAAAAUGAUUAUAAAGAAAUCCAUACUUUUUUGAAACUAAUUACUAGUGGUGGAUAUGAAUUUCAGUGCCGAUCAUUUAAAAUGGGUAAAAUGAAGUUACUCUGUGAAUGUGACUUUUAUACGUAUGCAUAAGUUGAGUUCUUGAUUUCCCAACAUUUAUAUGCAAAAUUUGUAACAUUUUGACAGCUCAGUUCUCUAAAAUAAAACUUAUUUUGAUACCACCAAUUUA